AGUCUCUACACUACACCGCCUCCAUUUUGAAUAGCCAUGUAAUAGGGGAUUCGCACAGUUGGUGUGUGUAUGUGAGUGUGUGUGUCUCGCCCACUGUGCUGCGUAGUGUCAACAAGCCACAACCAACCAAACAUCCGUCGACAUGGACGACCUGUUCAGUCCGCGCAGGAGCCUGAACAGCACACAAGGUGAAAUAAGAGUGGGACCAAGUCACCAGGCCAAGCUCCCAGAGCUGCAGCCACGACCAGCACCUAGUGCACAGACCCAGACGGACAAUGAGGAGCUCAUGUGGACACCUGGAGUCAAUGACUGUGACCUUCUCAUGUACCUCAGAGCAGCCAGGAGCAUGGCAGCGUUUGCAGGGAUGUGUGAUGGUGGAUCCACAGAGGAUGGAUGUUUGGCAGCUUCCCGUGACGAUACCACGCUGAACGCUCUCAACAUGCUCCAUGCAAGCCAUUAUGAUGCAGCCAAAGCUCUACAGCGUCUGGUCAAGAGGCCACUACCCAAACUGAUUGAAAAAUGCUGGUCAGAAGAUGAUGUGAAACGCUUCAUCAAAGGUCUGAGACAGUAUGGAAAGAAUUUCUUUCGCAUCCGAAAAGACUUUCUCCCCAGCAAGAAGACUGGAGAGUUGAUCACAUUUUAUUACCACUGGAAGAAAACCCCAGAGGCCGCCGGGACCAGAGCUUAUCGACAGCAACGCCGGCAGCCGUCCUCUCGCAAAGCAAAAACUCGAUCUGCAGCGGCUACUGUCAACCCUCCAUCUCGAAACUAUUCAGUUGAGGCCAGUUCUGCCAGCGAGGAUGAUGUUGACAGUGAAGACAGCGAACAGGAAGCAAAGAGCUGCAGCCACUGUGGAACAACAACUUCUAAGGAUUGGCACCAGGUCGGGAGAGACAACUCUCUGCUCUGCACAACUUGCCGCACAUACGAAAACAAACACGGAUGUCUGCCGCCUGCUUCUAAAUCUGGGAACGCUUCCUUUAUGUUCAAACCUGUGAAAGUGGAAGAAGAGGUGAACAACAAGCAUGGCAUGAGGACUCGGCAGAGCAGAGCACCUCAGCUGACAUCGUUAAGAAGUGGCCUCAGGAGGUUCACUGGCUCUCCAAGCACGGAGGAUUCACAGUCCGGUAACCAGAACUUCCCGACUGGAGGAAUCUCUAGUUCCUUAAGAUCCUCCGCGGAUCAUAAAAAUGACUCCACAAAAAAAAUAAACAAGAAGAUAAAAGAGGAGGCAACGGCGCCAAAGACAGCAAAACGUGUGCGGGAAAGUCCUGCUCUGGAGUCUGAUGAACCUGAAAAGAUGACACCUAAAAGGCCAAAGACACAGGAGCCACGAGGCGGGUCCCGGUCAGAGGGAGAGGCAGAGGAGGAAAGCUCUUCAGAAAGCCGCAGCACUCAGGACGACGGCAGUGACACCAAAGACAUCGACCAGGACAACCGCAGCUCCUCUCCCAGCAUCCCCAGCCCUCAACAGGGCAACGAGAGCGACUCAGACUCUUCUGCCCAGCCCAGCGGGGCCCCAGCUGAGGCCGGUGCUGCGACUCUGACGGACGCCCCGGUCCUCCAAGCCGUCCCCUCUCAGGACCCUCAAAUUCCUCCUCAACCGUCACAAAGCCUAGCCUCCGCUGACCCGGCUCAGAGCCCCCCUUCAUCCUCCCCAGACCCUCCACAGGGUGGAGCCACAGCCGGCUCAGGUUGCCGAGCAACGCCGGUCUCUUGUCCAAGGCCGCAGCCAGCAGCGCUGGGUCUGGACACGCCUCUCGCUCCUGCGUCGCACUUCUCACCUGCUCUCGGCUCCACGCAGCCCCCGCAGCCGAACGGUUCCCCCCCUCAAACCCUGCCGCGCUCUGUGCCCUUCUGUAGGGAUGCUCAGCUGCCGCACCCACCUCAAGUCAAGCCCCCUCCAACAACCCCAAUCCCACCGUCACACAAACAGGUGCCUCACCCAUCUGCAGCAACUUUCCCCCAGAUGCCCUCUAAUCUCCCACCACCUCCUGCUCUGAAGCCUCUGAACUCUCUCCCCAACCAGCAUCCUCCAGGCGCCCCUCCCCCUCCGCUGCAGCUCAUGCCUCAUCCUUUGCCUCCACACUCAGCUCCAUCCCAACUUCCAGCGUCGUCUCAGGUGCAGAGCCACCCUGGGAAAAGUGGGACCUCUUCCCUCCCAGCGGCUCCGGCUCCGCUCCCUCUCACAUCCUCCACUGCUGGCCCCGUUCCGACCCUGCAGCCAUCCUUCCCAACGCUCCCACCCAGACCCUCUCCAAACUCUGCUGCCGGAGGAUCACAAGUUCAGAUUAAAGAAGAGCCGCUGGAUGAGGUAGAGGAGCCAGAGAGCCCGCCGUCUCCUCCCCGGAGUCCCUCACCAGAGCCCACUGUUGUCAACAUGGCGAGCCACGCCAGUCAGUCUGCAAGGUUUAUAAAACACUUGGAUCGAGGCUACAACUCCUGUGCAAGGACGGACCUUUUCUUUACUCCGCUGUCUUCCUCCAAGCUGGCCAAGAAGCGGGAGGAGGCCGUAGAAAGGAUGAGGAGGGAGGCUGAGCUCGGCACGCGGCAGGAACGUGAGAGAGAGAAAGACAGAAACUCUAGGGCAUCCAGCUCUUCCCAUGACAGUCGCCUGAGUGAAGUGCAGAUGACGGCUCAGAUCCAUGGCCGGCCCUCCUUUGACCAGCCCCCCACCACUGUAGCGGCUGUGCCCCCGUACAUCGGCCCCGACACGCCUGCCAUGCGCAGCCUGAACGACUAUGCUCGGCCCCACGUCAUGUCGCCCUCCAACCGCAACCAUCCGUUCUACGUCUCGCUGAGCCCAGGCGAACCCCUGCUGGCCUAUCACAUGCCCGGCCUGUACAGCACGGACCCCGGCCUCAGAGAGCGGGAGCUCAGGAACUUCAGGGAGCGGGAGCUGCGCGAACGAAUGAAGCCCGGCUUCGAGGUCAAACCCCCAGACUUGGAAACCCUUCACCCGUCAGCCAACCACCUGGAGCACUUUGCUAGACACGGGGCGCUGGCUCUGCCCCACAUACCCGGACCAUCCCACCCUUUUGCUCCCUUCCAUCCGGGGCUGAGCCACCUGGAGCGCGAGAGGCUGGCGCUUGCUGGGCCUCAGAUGCGCCCAGAGCUGAGUUACGCCGAGAGAUUGACUGCGGAACGGCUUCAUGCUGAGAGGAUGGCCUCUGUGGCGACUGAUCCAGCCGCCCGGCUGCAGAUGCUCAACGUCACCCCUCAUCAUCACCAGCACUCUCACAUUCAUUCCCACCUGCACCUCCACCAGCAGGACCCCCUUGGUCAAGGUUCAAGUCCUCAUCCUCUUGUCGACCCACUGGCUGCCGGACCACGUUUGGCUCGAUUCCCCUUCCCUGGUGGCCCAAUCCCAAACCCCUUACUCGCUGAUCUCCCUCAUGAGCAUGAGAUGCUGCGCCAUCCACUAUUUGGAGCUGCAUAUCCUCGAGAGCUUCAGGGACCGAUUCCUCACAUGUCUGCCUCACAUCAGCUCCAGGCCAUGCAUGCUCAGUCUGCAGAGCUGCAGCGGAUGGCAAUGGAGCAGCAGUGGCAUCACCUGCACGGAGGCACUCUGCCAAGUCAGGAAGAUUAUUACAGUUUCUCAGAAGAUAUGAUAUAGUCAUUUUAUGGUCUAUGCAAUCAAGAAAACAGCUACUGAGUUAUCAGUUGUUCAGUUCUUGACUUCCUCCAUAUGGUGAAUAAGCCACAGAAGUUUGUUGCUAUGGAUGGUGUCUGUUGGAAGCUGGUUUCAAGCUUUUUAAUGGAAACUUGAGUGGAAGUAAAAAAUGUCAUUAAAAAGGUGCAGAGGCAACUGAAAAGCAAAGUCUGUCCAUGUACAGUACAGUAUAUAGACUUGGUACAUGGUUACAUGAAUUACUGUGAUGUAGGAAAGAGGCGAUCAGCCUGUGUUCCCUUGAUAUUCUAACCUUCUGAAUAAACAUGACUUUACGUUUUUAUUACCUGGAAACCAUAAAUAUCAAAAUCAACAAAAAAGAAUGCCUGAAACUAGUGUUUCAACAAAUUCUUAUCUUGGUAAUCAAUGUUCUAUUGAUUAUUUUAAGGAUCUAUUAUAAAAAUUAACACAUUCUGCAGAUUCUUAAUAAAUGAAAAAUAAAUAUUUUUUUGCAUAAAAUUCAAUAACAUAUUUCAGUUUGUUACAUGGAUGCAUCUGCAGCUACAAUAGGUACUUCUAACAUCAAGAUGUGAAAACCUCAGCCUAAGUCUAGGGCUAAACUGUUGACUCUUUUGAUUAACCAAUUAAUAAUUAGAUAGCAAAAGUUGCUUAUUGGAUAUUUUUCUUUUACAGAGUUUGAACCAGGUGAAGCUAAAGGUUUAUUUUCUCAAGUGCAAAAUGCAUAUAUUUUUGUUCAGUUUUAACUUAAUUACUGCUCUUAGUAUGUUGCUCCUACUGCAAAUAAUGGCCCCAUUUGAGGUUGUAUACUCUAGUAAACAAGUAAUUGAUCACUAAAUUAGUUGACAAUUAUUUCAAUAAUUGAUUCUUCAUGACUAAUUUGAUUAAUCGUUUCAGCUCUACUUGAAAUAUCACCCAAGGUUUCCCCCAGAAAACUUGCUAAGCCCGGUGGAUGGGCGCUAGGAAGGUCAUUCAUCCAGUGUCCCGUCGUGUUUUUGAGUUAAAAAAUGUUUAAAGUCACUUGAUAAUUAUUUUAAUGAGAGAUUGGAAGAUUAAUACCUGAACACCAACUA